AUGGCAUCCAUGGGCGGCCCUCCGCCCGGCGCCCAAGCCUUCUCCCCCCAGCAAAUCCAACAAAUGAUUGCCAUGGAAGCUCAGAAGCGCGGAAUGACCAUCCCUCAAUUUCAAGCCUUCCAACGACAACAGAUCGAGGCCGAAGCCGCCAAGGCGGGAAUGACCCCUCAGCAGUUCGUCCAGAUGAAGCAGGAAGAGGCAAGACAGCAGUUCAUGCGCCAGCAGCAGGCGAUGCAGCAACAACAGUCACAACAAGCACAGGGUGGGCAACCACAAGGACAACCACGAGGACCGCCGCCCGGUCAGCAAACCCAACAGAUCCCCUUGAACGCGAAGGUGGAGCCGAAGCCCGAGGCCCUGGCGGUUGCGAAGUUUCUACGCUCCCGGGAUUUGAAGACACGGACAUGUAUCUUUAAUGGCGAGAGGAAGGACAUGUUCAAAGUCAAACGAGCGUUCCGUGCCUUGAACUCCGACGCCUACAAGAAGGCUCAAAAGAAAAAUCCGUUACUACCCAAAGUCGAGAACGACGUUGACGCGCGAUCAGCUCUUCAACUUCUUCCCCUAUCCAUGCUUGCUCUGCGGGUUUCCAAGAAAGAUCCACACGAGGGACACAAUCACCCCAAACCCAAGAAAGAGAAACGGGUCAAGGGAUUGUGGGAAGUCAAGAUUGAACAACAACAGGACUUUGACCCGAUGAUGCAUUACGUCUGGCUGUACGAGGGGUCACAAUGGAAGGCUAAACUGUGGGCGGCACUGGUGUUGGUGCUGGUCUUCGCAGCAGUGCUCUUCCCAUUAUGGCCGCUCGUCCUGAGACAAGGUGUGUGGUACCUCUCGGUCGGCAUGAUGGGAUUGCUUGGCUUGUUCUUUGCCAUGGCCUUCUUCCGCCUGAUUCUCUUUGUUGUCACGUUCUUCCUGGCGCCACCUGGCCUGUGGCUCUAUCCCAACCUCUUCGAGGACGUCGGCUUUUUCGACAGUUUUCGACCGCUGUGGGGGUGGCAUGAGACCAAGGAGGACAUCAAGCGCAAGAAACAUGAGAAGAAAGCUCGGAAGGCUCAGAAAAAGCUUGCUGCUGCUACUGGUGGUGGUGGCGGUGAGCAAAAGGUGGCAGGCGUGGCGCAGGCGCCUUCGAAUGGGUCCGCGGUCACAUCUGCUGUUGAGCCUGCUGCCACGUCGACGGCGGCCAAGCGACAUGUUGCUCCGACUGUGGAGGAGGCUGAUGAUGAAUGA